CAGCUCGCGGCUGGCAACAAGGGAGCUUUGUCGAGCUUUGGUUCGCCAAAGAUGUUCAAGAGCAACGCCUGCCCGCAUCCACGUCUCCUCUUUUCAUCAGCCAUCGUCACAGAAACCUGUCCCACCUCCCAAGAAUUUGUGGAGUUCCGUUUGAUCCGGCGCCUCUCGCCUGGAACACCGUCCCAGCUCCCACGGGCCUAAUUUUCCUCACGACACCUGCACCACACUGAAAUUGUCGAAAAUAUCUGCAGUGCAUGCGGUUGGUUUUGUCUUCUAGACCCUCUCCUCGCUUUGGAAACACUCACGAUGCCAAUCCAGAGCUACCUUCUGACAUUCAAUUGUGCACGUAACCUCGUCAGCCCCGACACGCUCGCACCUUCUCUCUUCGACGCCCUGCCGAACGCCGCUUCCGUGCCCGACGUCGUCGCCAUCUCCUUGCAGGAAGUCGCGCCCAUCGCCUACUCCUUCCUCGGGGGCUCGUACCUGAAGCCCUACUUCGAUCGCGUCUCUACAACGGUCCAUUUGGCGGCCCAUCUCCGCAGCCAUGGCAGCGAGCGGCUCGAACAUAUCGCGACGCGGAGUCUGGGGAUGACGGCUCUCAUGAUAUUUGCCAGGCCGCGAUUCGCCGAGAGGAUACGAUGGAUACAAGCGGCAGGAGCAGGCGUCGGCUUCUGGAACAUGGGCAACAAGGGAGCAGUGGCUCUGCGGCUUGGGGUCUCGUGUCCAGACUCGGAUGAUACGCUCAACCUGAGCUUUACCGCAGCACAUCUGGCGCCCAUGGAGUGGGACUGCGAAGGGAGGAACAAGGACUGGGAGAACAUUGUGCGGAACAUGGUCUUCCUCAACAACGAUACGUCGGGCUACACCUCCAGCGAAGAAGUGCCUCUCCUCGCUUCCGCCUUAGACCCGCCAGCGGACAAUAAUGGCUUGUUCUUUCCAGGCAGCCAUCUAUUCCUCGCAGGGGACCUCAAUUACCGGACGUACGACACUCCUCCCGGGCCGGAGGCCUACGAAUCUUAUCCACAGCCAGUGGCAUCCGAAUCUUCUGCCGCACACUUUUCUCAUCUGCUAAAGAAGGAUCAAUUGACUCGAGAAAGGGAAGCAAAUCGGACGCUCCACGGCCUCCAAGAGGUCCCUAUCGACUUCCCACCAACCUACAAGUACUCGAUGCGGAGGCAACAUCGGGAGCACAAACGUUCGUCGUCAGACGUCCAGGAGAAGUACGAAUGGGCAAAGCAUCGGUACCCGAGCUGGUGCGACCGAAUCUUGUACCUGCCAGCACCCCCUUCAUCGCCGAGACUUGAGCCGCAACUAUACACAGCUCUUCCUGUGCAACCUACCUCUGACCACCGACCCGUUGUGUUGUCAUUGCGAGUCGACGAUAGGCCCCUUCCUCAGGACGCGGAAGACAUUCGGUCAAGACCCCCGUUUCCUAUAAAUCCCGAUUGGAGAGCUCGACGAGAUGCUGCCCGCAGGUGGGAGGUCAUCGUUGGUAUUCUGUCUUACCUCGCUCUGACCAAGAAGGGUAAUGCCAUUAUAGUGGCUGUUGGCGGAAUGACAUUCGCAGGCUGGUAUUUGGCGGCAUGGCUAAGUAGAGGAUAAAGGUAGUGUUCCGUACAGCCUUGGCAGAUGUUCGGGAUGCUUGUUCCUGCGCUCCCGGCUCUUCUCCGCUCACCGCACGAAAGGUGCCCAUGGAAUAUCGUACGCCAAGUCUGUCAUGCUGGAUAUCCGGAAGAAUAAUCGCAUACGCUUCCUUUUUCUGUAAUGCGUUCUUCCACUGCCGCGAUCGCCUGAUACUCGAAGCAUUGCCGAAGCAUCG